AUGGAUUACAAGCCACAAAACUUCAUAGACCAUGCAAAGCUAAAAGCAAAACACAUUAUGGCUACGAGCUACAGAGUCCUGGCUAUAGAGCUGAUCUCGAAAAAUAUCAAUCCAGUGGUGGAAGAAUUUCGACAAGCCGAACUCUCCUGCAUUAUUGCUGCCACCAAAACAGCGAACCCUAGGAUCGAAUGGAAGAAAAUCGGCAGCCAAGGAACAACCUACGUGUAUUUUGACGGCAAGGUGCAAGGAGAAUGGGCGAACCGGGCCCAGCUCAGCAGCAGGACGUCUCUGACCAUUUACAACGUCACCAGAGCUGAUAAGGGGAUUUACCGGUGUGAGGUCGUAGCUCCCGACGAUGCCAAUCUCGGCGCAGAAAUCAACGUUAACCUGACAGUUCACGUGAAACCGGUGGCCCCCAAAUGCCGGGUGCCCCCUUCUGUCCCCGUGGGAAAGCCAGCCACGCUCUACUGCCAAGAAAAGGAAGGCUUUCCGGAGCCCACCUACAGCUGGUACCGUAACGACGAGACGUUGCCCCUCGAUUCCAAAGCCAGCACCAAGUUCCAGAAUUCUUCCUUUACAGUGAACCCCAAAACUGGCAUCUUGGCCUUCGAAGAAGUCCAGAAAGGGGACACGGGGCGCUACAGCUGCAGAGCCAUGAACCUUGUGGGAGAAGCCUGGUGCGAAGGGAUAGAGAUGGAAGUUUAUGACCUCAAUAUUGUUGGGAUCGUGAUCGGAGUAUUGGUGGUGCUGGCUGUUCUGUCCCUGACUACCGUGGGGAUCUGCUGUGCCUACAGAAACGGUUUCUUUGUCCACAACAAACAAAACGGAAACAGCUACAAGACUCCAACAAAGCCAGAUGGCGUGAACUAUAUUCACACAGAUGAGGAGGGCGAUUUUAGACACAAGUCCUCCUUUGUGAUAUGAAAACAGCAGAGACACUUGGAUUUGGCCCGGCGGCGAGAGCAGAGGGCAGGAAAAAAAAACCUUCCCCUCCAAGGGGCCGAUCGCCGAUGUGUGUGUUGAACGUGUCCCUUUUUUUUUACUCCUUUCUAAACCAUUUACAGGCACCCGGGCGCAGUGGCCCGUGGUUGGUUUUUCUUUCUUUUUAAAAACAAACAAACAAACUCUUUUUUUGUGUGUGUGUUGUUGCCAAAGUCAAACCCCGGUUUUUUUAACUGCCAAACUGCCGCCUUCCACUCCAGAAACGACCGAUGCCAACACCACAAGCCUCUCUCUCUCUCUGUCUCUGGGGGGGCAAGGAGAGCAUCUCUUCAAUCUUUGGCAGAAGAAAAACCGCUUCGAUUAAAAUCUCCGGGGAAUCCCUCGCAGGACGCGAUCAAGGUUCCAGAGCUGCCUCUUCUACUAACCGUAUUACGCCAACGUAGCGUCACAAGCAAACUUUUACACCCGUCUAAUCACUCUCGGCUCCUUUAGGCAGACUUUGAUCCCCUUUGGAAGGCCUGGUUCCACGUGCCGAGCAUCUCUUCGGGUUGCUAAGCAACAACAGACAACAACAACGUACAACAAUAACAACAGCAACGCAACAAAAAGCCAAACUUUCGGACUUUUCGAUCUGGUUCCCGGGACCGAAUUUUUUUCUUCUUCUUUCGUUUGUUGAAUUCUGCAGUCUAAUUAUUUUUCUCUCUAUUUUUUUGUUGUUGUUGGUUGGUGGGUUAUUUUUUUUGGGG